AUGGGCAAAAACUUGCAAAAUGGUGUAAUAAGUCUAGAAGCCUCUAUGCUCAGCAAAAACAGCCGCUUACUGCUGCAAGAUGGUUAUUGCCCUGCCACAAAUGUACAGAAGAAGCAGCCAACACAGCAUGCCAAAAGGAAUUCGGGCAAGUUAACAACAGAUAAGGCGGAGUACUUGAUGACUAGUGGUACAACACUUGCUAAUGCUCCUAUUGCUAAUAUCGGAGUUACAGGGAAACUCGAGGCUACCAAUAAAACAUCUUUGCAGCCAAAAGAAUAUACAAUUGAACCAUUAGACUAUUCGUUUAAAGAAAUUUCACAAAUCACUGUAUUGAUCAGAUCUGUAAAGCCUGAUUUUGCUCAGGAAAAGUUGGUUACUGCAAUUAGACUCUCAAACAACCAAAUAUCAACUCUGGCAAGUCUUCCCUCUUGUAUCGAGCAGAUGAAAUCACUGAGUAAUAUUACUUGGUUGGACCUUUCAUUCAACGCUUUGACUACAAUCGAUAGUAGUCUGUUGCUUCUGUCCAAUCUAAAAGUGUUGUAUCUGCAUGCUAAUCACAUUGAUGAUGUGGCAGAAGUCGAGAAACUGAGCAAUCUCUCACACCUGUUCAAUCUCACACUGCAUGGAAACACAAUGGAGAACACAAAGACAUAUCGAUCCAUCGUACUUUUAUUUAUUCCUCGUCUAAAGCAUCUAGAUUUCUGUGCUAUUACUAAGCAAGAUCGGACUGUUUCCAACACGCUUGCCAAGCGUAUUCAACGCCAACAAACCAACGCUGUGCUUGAAUAA